AUGGCGUCUUCCCAAGCAGGUUUGAAAACAAUAGUUUUCAUCGGAGGUACCGGCGCGCAAGGCAGAGCGGUACUCCAGUAUCUCUCCGCGCUGAAUGAAUACCGAAUCUUGGUUCUUACUCGUUUCUUGACCGGCCAGCCAGCGAAAGAGCUCUCCAAACUUUCCAACGUUGAGCUCGUCGAGACUCAAGCUCCUUCUGGCUAUGACCUCGACGCAUUUCUUACCGCGGCAAAGCAGUCCGACUACGCCUUCAUCAACACUGAUGGCUUCGCUGUAGGAGAGAUUGCUGAGACAUACUGGGGCAUCCGACUCUUUGAGGUCGCAAGACAAGCAGGCGUCAAGCAUUUCGUCUACAGCGGGCUGGAUUCUCUCGCUAGAGAGCCAUUGUACGAAGCUGACAAGCACUAUGUUGGUCAUUACAUGGGCAAGGCAAGGGUGCAAGAGUUCCUGCGGGCUCAACCAACCUCGCCCAUGAAAUGGACGAUCAUCACCUCUGGCCCGUAUAUCGAAAUGCUCCAUGAAUUCCUCCAACCAUCUCCGCCAACAGAAGCCAACCCAAGGCUGGAGUUCAGCUUGCCGCUAGGCAGCGGUUCAGUUCCAUUCAUCCACCUUGACGACUUCGGACGGUACCUCGCGUGGACGCUAUCCCACCCCAACGAAUCCACCGGCCUCACCCUCGGCAUCGCAAUCGCACACAUCUCGGGACCCGAGCUCGCUGCCGCAUACACGAGCGCGACCGGCCGACCCGCUGCGUACACCGACGAGCCCAUCGCAGAAUGGCUGGCAUCCCACUUCUCGGAGCUCCCAUCCGGCGCAGACACCAAGGUCGGCGCCCAAAAUACCACCGACCAGAACACGCUCACGCUCACUUUCGGGGAGAACUUCACCAACUGGUGGAAUCUCUACCGCGCAUCGGCGCGCAACGAGGGCUUGAUCAAGCGCGACUACGCGCUUCUCGACAGCAUCCUGCCGGACAGAGUGCGAAGUGCAGAGGAGUGGUUCCGGAAGGUCGAGUACGACGGGGCCAGGAAGCAAUUGUUUUGGAAUGCAAAAGCGAGAGGCGGGAACGAAGACUGA